AUCGCAGAUAUUUUUCUCUGAGAAAAACUUUUUUCUUAAUGAAUAAAGCUGAAUUGUUCACUUUCUCAACGAAAGCAGACAAUAAUUUAUAUAAUUUCAUAUUCCUUUCCAUUUUCUUCUUAUUAUUAUUUACAGAUGUCAUCUCACUUACUGAAAGUUUUUGUUUAUGGCACGUUAAAGAAUGGACAACCAAACUAUCAUCUUUUAAAUAACAUUGAAAAUGGUUUCUCGAAAUUCGUGGCAAUUGGUAAGACAAGUCAGAAGUUUCCUUUAGUUGUUGGCACAAGAUAUAACAUUCCAUUUCUUAUAAAUCGUCCUGGGAUAGGAAAUCAUGUCGUUGGGGAAAUUUAUUCAAUUGACGAGAAAAUGUUUGCACGAUUAGAUGUCCUUGAAGAUUAUCCAGAAUUUUAUGAUCGUGAGAUUCAAGACAUUGACAUUGAAGAUGGAAAAGAGAAAUUGAAAUGUUGGGUUUAUCUUCUAAAGAAUUUCCCUGAAAAACUUUUGAAUCUCCCCCACAUAGCUGAAUACAAAAACUCUGCAGAGAAACGAUAUCAAGAAAGGUGUCAAAGAGUGUCGAACAUUCUGGCAAAAGAUGAUCUUGAAUACGGCGUAGAAACUGACUAA